CUUUUCUCUGCAACAACAAUUGAAUGAAUAUGGACGACUCGUCACCAACUGUUGAAUUCUAUCAAAAAGCACGUUGUACUUGCGACAACAGGAAAGAGUCACAUGGAUCUCAAGAAGCCGACAUUUGGAAGUAUGCUGUAGAACAAGUCAAGAAAGAAAUGUUUUCGUCCACAAGUAUAGCUGUACCAUCUCCAAGUGAUUAUCUCUAUGAACACUACAAUCCUUCUCGUGAACGAUGUGAUUACUGCAAAAGUUAUGCCUCAAGUUUUAAAUUCAAUUCUGAUCCUUUUGGUCCUAUAGAUGCUUUUAAUUAUCGUCGGCAGCGUUCCAACCAUCUGGUGUUUCGACUGAUCCAUAUGCUCGACCUUCGGGAAACAAACUUCUUACGGAUUAGUGAUGGUGUCUUUGUUCUUCAACAAACAGAAUCACAACAACAUCAUCCAAUGGCUCGAGAACAACAACAACAAAAGCAGCAACUGUCUGAAAGAAUUGACUCAUUUUUGAACGACGCGUCUUCUCUAUCACCAUACAUUGAAGAUAUUUCAUCAUCGAUAUUCACCUUUAAUUACAAUGAUAUGCCUGGAUUGAUCUCAAACAAUUCAACAAUGACGACAUCAGCAUCAUCAUCAUUCAUUCCCUAUAGUUACACACUUGGAGUACGAUACAGCAAUAUUGGAAACGAAAAGGUGGACAUGAUGAUUCGUGGCAACAUCCCUCUUUGGUGUCAAACUUUUUUAUUAUAUGAAUUUUAUAAAGCAUCACCUCCUGUCAAAGCCAACGAAACACGGACUGGUCUGAUUCCUUUUGCCAUUGAAAUUCCAGUGACGUUCCGAUCGAUGAUAGAUAAGAAUGACAAUGUGGAAGAUCCUGAACUACUUUUAUGGUAUGAACGAUUAGCAAUGGAUACAUCAGAUCAUGAAUUGUAUGGACGCAACAAAAUAUUCACAGUGGAAUAUGAAAAUGCUCGCUUAGACAUCCUCGAAAGAAUGGUACUUUGUGAUAUCUCCAAUGAUCAAGCAGCUAUCAUUACAGCAUUGGCAAAAGAGUGGGCGCGGGAACAAGGCUUCAACUUGACAUAGAUUAUAUAUAUAUAUAUUUUUAUCAUCUCUGCCGGUCAUUUCUUUUUUUUUUUUUU